AUGCCGCCCUCUGCAACUGCCUCUGGCGCAGACACGGGACCCAGUGGUAGUGCGAAAUCGCGGGAUCAUAGCCAGGGAAACCAGGACCGCAAGUACACGGUUGAUCAGAAAGCGACGGUAAUCAGAGUGCGACGAUGCUCGCCAACAGCGUACUAUGACAUUCUUGGUCUGGAGGAAGUUAAGACGACGGUGACGGACGGAGAAAUUAAAAAGGCAUAUCGCAAACUCAGUCUCUUGACGCAUCCGGACAAAAAUGGCUACGACGGUGCUGAUGAAGCGUUUAAACUGGUCUCACGGGCAUUCCAAGUCCUCUCGGAUCCAGACAAGAGAGCCAAAUUCGACAGAUUUGGAGGCGACCCAGACAGCCGCUUCGGCGGCUCGUCUGCCUCAGCAGGGGCUUCACCAUUCAGCGAGUUCGCACGAGGCGCAGGCGGCGCGCGGCCGGGAGGCAUGUGGGAAGAGGAAAUAUCUCCCGAAGAAAUGUUUAACCGCUUCUUUGGCGGCGGACUAGGCGGCGGAUUUGGACCAUUUGGCGGAGGAGGCUUCUUCGAUGCCGGUCCCCAAUUCGUCUUCAAUCUCAACGGGGGUCCCGGAUUCCGGGUUCACCAAUUCGGCGGCGCGAGACCCCGUCGACGACCUCGCGAAGCCAACAAUACCUCUUCAUCUGACAACCCAACCGCAUCGACACUCGCAUCUGCCCUGCCGAACCUUUUACCGCUCCUCUUGCUCUUCCUCCUACCGCUCCUGUCUUCCAUCUUCUCCUCUACCACCGCCGCUCCAAAAGUCCCCGCCUUCCGCUUCGACACCCCUGCGCCGCCGUACACGCUGCAUCGCACGACCCCGCAUAUCAAGAUUGAUUAUUUCGUCAACCCCAACGACGUGGAAGAGUACAGUCCCAAAAAGUUCAAGGAGCUGGAUAACCAGGUCGAGGUCCGCUUUGUAAAUAGACUCCAGUCCGAGUGUCGGCUCGAAAUGGACAACCAGGCCCGUCUCGCCCAGGAGGCCCAGGGUUGGUUCUUCCAGGACACGGACAAGAUGCAGCGCGCGCGAGACAUGGAGUUGCGGAGUUGUUCGAGACUGGAUGGUUUGCAUAUUAGACGCGCAGAGUAUAGGAAUUAG